GAGGCGCCGGGGCCCGGGGCCAGCAGCCGGGAGGAUGGUGAGGAAGAGGAGGCUCCUCUGGAAGGAAUGGAGGUGAACCAGGCGGGGACCAUGCGGAUGCGCGGGGGGCUCCUGUUGCUGCUGCUGCCGGCGGCGCUGGGGGCUCUCUUCCUGCGGGACGUCGGGGCUCUGGCAGAGGUGGGAGGUUGUUUUCUUUCAGAAACAAAGGUUAUUGGAAUGCCAAUUAAACUGAAGGUGUCCCAGGGACAGCCAGUGAAACUGAAUUGCAGCCUCGAGGGAAUGGAAGAUCCAGAGAUGCUAUGGAUCAAGGAUGGAGCUGUGGUGAAAAGUGUAGACCAGGUGUACAUUCCAGUAGAUGAAGAACACUGGAUUGGGUUCCUCAGCUUGAAGUCUGUAGACCGGACAGAUUCUGGAAAAUACUGGUGCCAAAUUGAGACUAAUGGGAAGAAAGAGGAAUCACAGCAGGUGUGGCUCAUUGUGGAAGGUGUUCCUUACUUCACUGUGGAGCCAGAAGAUCUCUCUGUCAUCCCUAAUACACCUUUUCAUAUGGUCUGUGCUGCAGCUGGCCCACCUGAGCCAGUUACAAUUGUCUGGUGGAUGGGUGAUUCCAGAGUGGGACUUCCAGAUGUCUCCCCCUCCACCCUAAAUGUGUCAGGUAUCAAUCAAAGCACAGUUUUCUCCUGUGAAGCUCACAACAUAAGAGGACUGUCUUCAUCUCGAACAGCCUUUCUGCAUAUGCUAAACAGUUUCCAUCCUUCUGUUUCAGCUCUCCCCUUUCCACCUGUCAAUGUGACAGUAACUCAGAUCACCAGCAACAAUGCCAUUAUCACUUGGUUACCAGGAUUUGAUGGCCUUUCCCCACUUCAUUCUUGUACAGUACAGGUGGAUGAGUCACAAGUGGAAGAGGAGGUGACCACAGAUGUUGUCCCUGUGCCCUCCUUUAGUAGGGCUUUGCUGGGUUUAAAGCACUCUACCAAUUAUAGUGUUCGGGUUCAGUGCACCAAUGAAAUGGGCAGCUCCCCUUUUACAGAUUGGGUCUAUUUUCAGACUUUGGGAUUAGCUCCAAACAGUACUCCACAAAAUGUACACAUCAUCCAGAGAGAUUCUUGCCUGAUUUUGGAAUGGGAACCAGUGGCUCCAGAAAUACUAAGGGACAAUGCAUUUGGAUACAGAUUGGAAUGGAGUCAAGAUAACAUAACUCAGGGGGAGAUGGUAGUACAGGAAGCAAGAGCUAACCUAACUAUGUGGAAUCCCUUAAAAGAUCUUCUGAUCAGGGUGUGCAUACUAAAUUCAGCUGGUUGUGGACCAUGGAGUGAGCCCUUAAUGAUUACAGCUGAAGAUUUAAUAGAAGGACAAAGACAACCUCCGUAUGGGACAUCCUGGGUUCCUGUGGUUUUAGGUAUUCUGACUGCACUGGUCACAGCUGUUUCCUUGGCACUAAUCCUUCUGAGGAAAAGAAGAAAAGAAACUCGUUUUGGUCAUGCCUUUGGCAGCAUGGUGGGAGGGGAUCCAAUAGUCCAUUUCAGAGCAGUGAGAUCUUUCAACAGAGAAGUGCCAGAACUUAUUGAGGCAACAUUGGACAGUAUAGGAAUCAGUGAUGAACUGAAAACUAAACUGAAAGAUGUCCUUAUUCAAGAGCAGCAGUUUACUUUGGGGAGAAUGCUAGGCAAAGGAGAAUUUGGUUCUGUAAGAGAAGGUCAGCUGAAACUGCCUGAUGGUUCUCUCCAAAAGGUUGCAGUAAAAAUGUUAAAAGCGGACAUCUUCACUUCAAGUGACAUUGAAGAAUUCUUGAAGGAGGCUGCUUGUAUGAAGGAGUUUGACCAUCCACAUGUUACUAAGCUGAUUGGAGUCAGCUUGCGCAAUCGGCCUAAAGGCCGGCUUCCAAUCCCAAUGGUUAUCCUGCCCUUUAUGAAGCAUGGAGACCUUCAUUCUUUUCUACUGAUGUCCCGAAUUGGAGAAAACCCUUUUAACUUGCCCCUCCGAACCCUCCUAAAAUUUAUGAUUGAUAUUGCUAGUGGCAUGGAGUACUUGAGCUCCAAAAACUUCAUACACAGGGACUUGGCUGCUCGGAACUGCAUGUUGGAUGAAAACAUGAAUGUAUGUGUUGCUGACUUUGGACUUUCGAAGAAAAUCUAUAGUGGAGACUAUUACCGUCAGGGCUGUGCCUCUAAGCUGCCAGUGAAGUGGCUUGCACUGGAAAGCCUAGCAGACAACCUAUACACAACACACAGUGAUGUGUGGGCAUUUGGCGUGACUAUGUGGGAGAUUGUGACCCGCGGGCAAACUCCUUAUGCAGGCAUUGAGAAUGCAGAAAUUUACAACUACCUCAUCAGUGGGAAUAGACUGAAGCAACCCCCGGAGUGCCUGGAGGAUGUGUAAGUAGCUUAUUUAUCUAUUUUGUAACCCAGACAUGGGCACAUCUUCUUCAGUAAAGGCCAAAGCAGGAGAAGACAAAG